UUUUGUCGCCUUUCUCUACCAACUGGGAAUGCUAAAACUGGACUGAUGGACAUGUCAGAACUUUGCAUCUCGGACCCCCUCAGCUACCACAACCAGCUGCUGAAUAGGAUGUCUGCAGAAGAGCGGCAUCUCACAUCCAGCUGUGGCUCCUUUAUCAAGACAGAGCCUUCCAGCCCGUCCUCAGGCAUUGAUGCCAUCAGCCACCACAGUCCCAGCGGCUCUUCUGAUGCCAGUGGUGGCUAUGGCCUAGCCAUGGGUCAUCCCAAUGGCCUGGACUCACCCCCCAUGUUCAACGGCACGGGCCUGGGUGGCACCCCCUGCCGCAAGCGCUAUGAGGACUGUGCCAGCGCCAUCAUGGAAGACUCGCCCACCAAGUGCGAGUAUAUGCUAAAUGCCAUCCCCAAGAGGCUCUGCCUGGUGUGCGGGGACAUAGCUUCUGGGUACCACUAUGGGGUGGCUUCCUGUGAAGCCUGCAAAGCUUUCUUCAAGAGGACAAUUCAAGGGAACAUUGAAUACAGCUGCCCGGCCACAAAUGAAUGUGAAAUCACAAAACGGAGGCGUAAAUCCUGCCAGGCAUGUCGCUUUAUGAAAUGUCUCAAAGUGGGGAUGCUGAAGGAAGGGGUUCGCCUUGAUCGAGUUCGUGGAGGCCGCCAGAAAUACAAGCGAAGGCUGGACUCAGAAAGCAGCACUUACCUGAGCUUACAGAUUCCUCCUCCAGCCAAAAAGCCCUUGACAAAGAUAGUCUCCCAUCUCUUGGUGGCUGAGCCAGAGAAGAUCUAUGCCAUGCCUGACCCCACCAUGCCGGAGAGCGACAUCAAAGCCCUGACCACCCUCUGUGAUCUGGCAGACAGGGAGCUUGUGGUCAUCAUUGGCUGGGCCAAGCACAUUCCAGGGUUCUCAAACCUCUCCCUGGGAGACCAGAUGAGCCUGCUGCAGAGUGCCUGGAUGGAGAUCCUCAUCCUGGGCAUUGUGUACCGCUCCUUACCGUAUGAGGACAAAUUGGUGUACGCCGAGGACUACAUCAUGGAUGAGGAGCACUCCCGCCUCACGGGACUGCUAGAGCUCUACUUGGCUAUCCUGCAGUUGGUGCGCAGGUACAAGAAGCUCAAGGUAGAGAAAGAAGAGUUUGUGACCCUCAAGGCCCUCGCCCUCGCCAACUCAGAUUCCAUGCACAUAGAAGACAUGGAGGCGGUGCAGAAGCUCCAAGACCUGCUCCAUGAGGCCCUUCAGGACUACGAGCUGAGCCAGCGCCACGAGGAGCCUCGGAGGGCGGGCAAGCUGCUGCUGACCUUGCCCCUGCUGCGGCAGACGGCAGCCAAGGCCGUCCAACACUUCUACAGCAUCAAACUGCAGGGCAAAGUGCCCAUGCACAAACUCUUCCUAGAAAUGCUGGAGGCAAAGGUCUGACGGCCCUGGCGUCCACUCCUAGCAAACACACAGACUCCAGCCCACAGACAGACGUGGGGAGGGAGGGAAAAAUCAAUCCCGCGGCCACUGGCUUUUACCUUCCAAUCAUUCA